AACAGGUUUAGUUAUGACUGAGAAUCAAGACAGAGAAGACGCACAAAUAAUUUUUGAACAUGUUUAUUAAAAUCAAGGCAAUAUUAUAACAGAAGAGAAAUAGUGGUGUCGCAGCUAUUCACUGUUUGAGUGAAAUACUUUAAUUCAAGAGAAUAUCAAAAGGAUUUUAAACUUGUGGUGAAUCUGUGUCAAUGCGUGUGUUAUAAAUAAACAGCCAUGAAACUGCAUCAGCUGGCAGUGCUGAGCGCAUGCGUGGCGGUAGCGGCCGCGAUGCGCGUACGUCGUCAGGAUGAUGAUGAUGAAAUAGACCUCACACCUACUGGACAAAACAAGGCGUGCAAGACUAAGGACGGCAGAGACGGGUUGUGCGUACAUGAGAGCAUGUGCACAGAAGACCAUGUGUUUCAACCAGGCGGCGUCAUCGAUGACAGCGAGAUAAGGAUUGGCAGCUGUCCGGGCAAAUGGGAUUGGUGCUGCGUGUUCCCUAACAUGACGACCACGGAACCGACGGCGACAGAUCGCAGUCAAACAGACCCAGCGUGCAGAGUCGGAACGAAGGAUUCGUGUCCAUGGUGCGUUGGAUUAUACCGAGAUGGUGGCAAUCCUCGAACAAAAAAUCCUUCUGGCCUCUACUGCGGGGGAGCUGUUAUAGGAUCCAAGAUCGUCUUAACGUCUGCCUUAUGUGUGCUUGGUGGAAAGGGAUCCAAUCUGUGGGUUCAACUGCCUGGGUCAGAAAAGCACUAUGCUGUCAAUAGUACUACGAAGAACACUCAAUUCAACUCUGGGACUCGAGAGCAUGACACAGCACUCCUACUGCUGAACGAAGAGGUUCCUUGGCCAGAGAAGCAAACUGGAGCCUGUCUGGGCUUGAAGACUCCAUUGGAAGGAGAUUGUGUCGCUGUCGGCUUCGAUAAGAAAGACCAGAUUGUUUUUACUCCUAUAGCAGUAACCACUGGUAGCUGCACCGAACAGGGGUCCACUUACGAUGCAGCAUGCGGCCGAGCCAACGGUACCUGCUCAGUCACUUCAGGAUCCCCAGUCAUGUGCCCGUCAGACAUCGAAGGACUGAUCGUGGCUGGACUAGUUCGGCAGACCUGCAUAUCCAACGCUGCCGUACUGGGCUCCCUGGUACCGUCAGCUGAUUGGAUACGAGACGAGCUCACGAAGAAUGCUAUAGCUUCCAACAGAUACAGCAUCAUCCGAUAGAACUGUAUGAUGAGAAGAUUACGUAAUGUCUACGAUACUCAUUUUUCUAUAGAUUGAAAAUAAAUAAAUUCAGUAAACAUUGUGAA